ACGCCCGUGGACCCGUAAGUCCCGGUCUGCGCUUGUUGCUCCAUUGAAACUCAGCGGAGCUGGAUGAGAGACGAGCACACGCGCACUCUCCCGGACAGCAGAAACAGCGGGGAAGGGAUAAAGGAAGCGCGUUUUCAUUCUGAAGUCUAUCACGGGAUUGCACGAUUUUUUUUUCCAAGGGAGUGGAUUGAAAAAAAGGAAUAAAGCUCACAAAAAGAGGGGGGGAAAUGUCCAAGAUGGAGGUGAAGACGUCACUUCUCGACAACAUGAUAGGGGUGGGGGACAUGGUCCUACUAGAACCCCUUUCUGAAGACUCCUUCCUUGAGAACCUGAGGAAGCGUUUUGACCACAAUGAGAUCUACACCUACAUCGGCAGCGUGGUCAUCUCCAUGAACCCUUACAGGUCCCUGCCCAUUUUCACAGCGGACAAGGUGGAAGAGUACCGCAACAGGAACUUCUACGAGCUCAGCCCCCACAUCUAUGCCCUGGCGGAUGAGGCCUACCGUUCCCUGCGGGACCAGGAUAAGGACCAGUGCAUCCUCAUCACAGGGGAGAGCGGGGCAGGGAAGACAGAGGCCAGCAAGCUGGUGAUGUCAUACGUGGCGGCGGUGUGCGGGAAGGGCCAGGAAGUGAACAAGGUGAAGGAGCAGCUGCUGCAGUCCAAUCCGGUGUUGGAGGCCUUUGGGAAUGCCAAAACAGUGAGGAAUGACAACUCCUCUCGAUUCGGGAAGUACAUGGACAUCGAGUUUGACUUCAAGGGUGAUCCCUUGGGCGGAGUCAUCAGCAACUAUCUUCUGGAGAAGUCUCGCGUGGUCAAACAGCCUCGGGGGGAGAGGAACUUCCACAUCUUCUACCAGCUUCUGUCCGGAGCCUCCGAGGACACUUUGAAGAAGCUUAAGCUGGACAGGGACUUCAGCAAGUACAACUACUUGAGUCUGGACUCGGCAGCGGUCAAUGGUGUGGAUGAUGCGGCCAGCUUCCGGACUGUCAGGAAUGCCAUGCAGAUCGUGGGCUUCAUGGAGGACGAGGUGCAGUCUGUGCUGGAGCUGGUGGCCGCCGUGCUGAAGCUGGGGAACAUCGAGUUCAAACCCGAGUCGCGUGUCAAUGGGUUCGACGAGAGCCGAGUCAAGGACAAGAACGACCUGAAGGAGAUGUGCGAGUUGCUGGGGAUUGAGCAGUCCGUGUUGGAGAGGGCCUUUAGCUUUCGCACUGUGGAGGCCAAGAUGGAGAAGGUGUCCACCACCCUCAACGUAGCUCAGGCUUAUUACGCUCGUGACGCUCUGGCCAAAAACCUCUACAGUCGUAUGUUCAGCUGGCUGGUAAAUCGGAUCAAUGAGAGCAUCAAGGCCCAAACUAAAGUGCGUAAGAAGGUGAUGGGCGUUUUGGACAUCUACGGCUUUGAAAUUUUCGAGGACAACAGUUUCGAGCAGUUCAUCAUCAACUACUGCAAUGAGAAGCUGCAGCAGAUCUUCAUUGAGCUAACACUGCGCGAGGAGCAGGAGGAAUACGUCCGGGAGGGAAUUGAAUGGACCAACAUUGAGUAUUUCAACAAUGCCGUCAUCUGUGACCUCAUCGAGAAUAACCAGAACGGGAUCCUGGCCAUGCUGGACGAGGAGUGCCUGCGACCGGGGACGGUGACGGACGAGACCUUCCUGGACAAGCUGAACACCAUCUGCGCCGAGCACCAGCACUUCGAGAGCCGCCUCAGCAAGAACUCCAAGUUCCUGACCGACCACAGCCUGCCCCACAGCUGCUUCCGCAUCCAGCACUACGCCGGCAAGGUGCUGUACCGCGUGGAGGGCUUUGUGGACAAGAACAAUGACCUGUUGUACCGCGACCUCUCCCAAGCUAUGUACAAGGCCAACCACAGCCUGAUGAAGCUGCUCUUCCCCGAGGGAAACCCAGCCAAAGUUAACCUGAAAAGGCCGCCCACUGCUGGCUGCCAGUUCAAGGCCUCAGUGGGCACGCUUAUGAAGAACCUGCAGACUAAAAACCCCAACUACAUCAGGUGCAUAAAGCCCAAUGACAAGAAGGCCGCCCACAUCUUCACGGAGUCGCUCGUGUGUCACCAGGUGCGCUACCUGGGCCUGAUGGAGAAUGUGCGUGUGCGGCGUGCCGGCUAUGCCUUCCGCCAGGCCUACGAGCCCUGCCUGGAGCGCUACAAGAUGCUCUGCAAGCAGACCUGGCCACACUGGAGGGGCCCUGCAAGGGAGGGAGUGGAGGUGCUGCUGAAUGACCUGCAGGUGCCAGCGGAGGAGUUCUCUUACGGCCGCUCCAAGAUCUUCAUCAGGAACCCCAGAACGCUCUUCACUCUUGAGGAGAGGCGGAGGCAGUGCCUGGAGGACCUGGCCACCCUCAUCCAGAAGAUCUACCGCGGCUGGAAGUGCCGCACCCACUUCCUACUCAUGAAGAAGAGCCAGGUCGUCGUGGCGGCCUGGUACCGCAGAUACGCGCAACAAAAGAAAUAUCAGCAGAUCAAGAGCUCCACCAUCGUGGUUCAGUCCUUCAUUAGGGGAUGGAAGGCCCGAAAAAUCCUCCGUGAGCUGAAGUACCAGAAGCGGUGCAAGGAGGCAGUGACCACCAUCGCAGCGUAUUGGCACGGGACCCAGGCGCGGAGGGAACUGCGCCGCCUAAAGGAGGAGGCGCGGAACAAACACGCUGUCUCUGUCAUUUGGGCCUACUGGCAGGGGACGAAGGCACGGAGGGAACUGCGCCGCCUAAAGGAGGAGGCGCGGAACAAACACGCUGUCUCUGUCAUAUGGGCCUCCUGGCAGGGGACGAAGGCACGCAGGGAGCUGAGGCGGCUGAAGGAGGAGGCCAGGCGUAAGCACGCCGUCGCCGUCAUUUGGGCCUACUGGUUGGGACUUAAGGUCCGUCGAGAGUACAGAAAGUUCUUCAGGGCCAAUGCGGGCAAGAAGAUCUAUGACUUCACCAUCCAGAGGAUUAUGCAGAAGUACUUCCUGGGUAUGAAGAAGACGAUGCCCUCCAUGUCGCCCAUUGACAAGAGCUGGCCCGUCCGACCAUACGCGUUCUUGGACGAAGCAGACAAAGAGCUGAAGAGAAUCUUCCAUCUGUGGAGGUGCAAGCAAUACAGAAGCCAGUUCACAGAGCAGAAGAAGGCAAUCUACGAGGAGAAGCUGGAGGCUAGUGAGAUCUUCAAGGACAAGAAGGCCCUAUACCCCAGCAGCGUCAGCCAACCGUUCAAAGGUGACUACCUGGAGAUAAACAAGAACCCCAAGUACCAAAAACUCAACAGCUUGGUGGAGGAGAAGAUCAUCCUGGCAGAUGUGGUGAAUAAGAUCAACCGGGCCAAUGGCAAGGGAGCUCCACGAAUCUUCUUGCUGACCAAAAGCAACUUCGUCCUGGCCGACCAGAAAUCCGGUCAGAUAAAAGCCAGCGUGCCACUGCCAGACCUGACCAGCGUGUCGGUCAGCACCCAGAGCGAUGGCUUCUUUGCCCUUCGGCUUAAAGAGGGCUCCACUUCGGCAGCCAAAGGAGACUUCCUGUUGAGCAGCGAGCGUCUGAUCGAGAUCAUCACCAAGCUGUACCGCACAGGCACGGCCGCCGCCGAACGGGAGCAGAUCAACAUCGAUAUCUCAGACGAGUUUCUGGUGCAGUUCAAACAGGACAAGGUGUGUGUGAAGUUCAUCCCGGGGGGGCCCAAGAACGGCAACAGCGCAUCCUGCAAGCGCAAGAACAACCGCCUCCUGGAGGUGUCCGUGCCAUCGCCAUAGAAACGCCUCCACCCCCCUCCCAUCCCUUAUCUUGCCCCCCCCCUCUCUGUGCCAACUCUGGGACUGGUCACGCCCCUCGCCCCCUAAACCCUUGAUUACUGUGCAAUUCUUUUUUUUCUUCUGAUUUGAAAUGAUUAAGUCAUAUUGCCAUCUCCUUCUGCGCUGCCACACCAUAAAGAGGACCACCACCCCACCCGCUACAAAACCAGCAUGCCAUGGGGGUGCAAGAUGAUGUGGGGUAUCCAGAAGAGAAAGGGCACUGGUGUAAUCUUUUUUUUUUAUUUUUAAGUUGGGCUGGUAAGAGUAAGGAGUGCUUUUCUUCAUGUUGGGGCCCAGAAAGUUUUCAGUUUGCUAAUAAUGAUGUUGAUGAUCAUGACGAUUAAGGUGGUAUUAAUAAUCUGUUAGCUCCCAGCAUGCAGUGCGCCUGCUCCCCCCCCCAAUGUUGCCAUAAGUGUCCAUCUGUCCAUCCUCAGAGUUGAAUGCUACAGUCGGCUGUUUCUGAAGAAGGCCUUCGGACAUUGUGUUGGUGUGGGCGUCUGGAAAGGGCAGAACUGAAGAACAUUCCGAGAAAUGGAUGUUUCAGAGACGAUCGGGAGGAGGUUUACGAACUGAAUGACGGCACUUGUUUUCACCCGAGUGUGUAGAAGGGGCUGAAACGUUGAACCAGUAGUUUUUUGUUUUUUUUUUUUGAUUGCGCUUGGCCGAGGGGGCGUUUUUCACUCUUGCAUACGGCGUAAACCUGUUAUCUAGAAGUAAAAGUCAUCAAACAAUCGGUUUUGAUAUAUGAUUGUAUCAUAGUUCCUCAUAUGUUCUCGAUCCCUCACGCCAUUCCAUCACCACCUUUGCCAUGUCUCGCAUGGGGGUGUGCUAUCCACGGCCAGAAAGUCAGGAGGACCCCGUCAGAAAGCCAAAAAAAAAAAAAAA